UAACACGGACAACCUUUAAUCGGGGGUCCUUCGAGCUUUCUUGAAUGCAUGUGGCGCGAUGUGGACACCGGAGGCUAAAAUAGUUUGACAGCCGGGGAGCUGAGGACAAUUUUCUCGCAGAGAGGGGUUAUUUUCGGACAAGCAACAUGUUUCCAUCAGAGACAAGCUGUUGGUUUAUUCGCAAGGUUAUUUGGUGGAGAGCUGCCGCCAGCAUUGCCUGGUCGGUCCUGCUGUUGCCGCCCACCACAGCAGUUUUUGUGAUACUCAGCAAGUUCAGUUUUCUUCACCCUAUCCAGACAGUUUCAGAUUGCCUGUCUCUGCUGAUGAGUGCCAAUUCAAUUUUCUCCUUCAUCCUGCUUGGUGGAGUGGUCAUCAUGGUUGGGUUCUUGAUUUUGGAGUAUUAUACAGUUAUCCCGACUAUUGCCUGCUCAAAAAUUGCAUUGUUGGGUCAGCUGCUCCACCCUCGUCAGGUUGUCAACUCCCUUGCCCACGGCCUGAUGGGAAUGAUUGUAGGCUGGUGUUGUGCAGUCACUGUGGGCCACAGAUAUGAGACGCUCGGCUACCCUGCUAGAAGUAGUGAUGGCCAUCCUCAGAUGUGCCUCAAUGAGUACCACCUCGUUUUUCUGCUGGCAGGAGCAUUUGUGGGGUUCUCUCACAGUUUGCUGGGAGUGAUCCAUAACAUCAAUUAUGUCUACUUUCACACUGUCCAGCAAUACAAAUACCUCCAUUUCAAGGGCUCCCUGCCUUUGGUGGUGAAGUGCAGCGCCAUUCAAGCCUUUUACUCCAUGAGGAACUUCAUAGUCGUGUAUUUCUUUCUGGGAUACAUUCCAAAAACCUGGAUCUGCAAAACUCUGACUCUUCAUUUGGACAGCUCUGUCCAUCCUCUCGACAGCAUAGCUGGACUUCUGGACCUGUCCCUCCUCUACCACCUCUGGAUCAGCGCUACCUUCCUCCUCUUCACCUGGUACAUCACAUUGCUGCUCUUUAGGAUCUUUGUCACAGAGGUGUACAGUUUUCCUGUAAAAUCAACGUUUACAGAUGAUUCCCACCAGUGUCUUCCCAAAGUUCUUACUGAUAACCAGCCAAUGAUCCUGAAGUUUCUAGCCCUGCAGGACUUGGCGCUGUUGUCCAAACAUUCUCCGUCAAGACGCAGUGAAGUCUUCAGUCUCAGUCAGCCAGGUGGACAUCCUCAUAACUGGAACACGGUGAGUAAAGAGUGUCUGGCUCUGGUGGCUGAUCUGACGCAGAGACUGGUGGCUUAUCAUGAAACUGUAGCAACCAACGGGAGGGCCAAGUCUCUGUCAAGUGGGAGUGAAAGGAAAACUUCCUCCGAGACCUCAGCAACCUCUGGUACAGAAGACUUGAUGAGUCCAAGACCCACUUUCCUAAUGAAGACUCCAGCUUCAAUUUUUGCCCGCUCCGUUGCCAGAGGUCCGCACAGCCCCCUGACUUCACCGUUCACGUCGGACCUGGACAGCCCCUUCGCUUCGCCCGCCCUGCGUCGGCUCACCGCUCCGGUGGAUCAGUGCUCGCCGUGGCACGGCUCGAUACAGAGCCCGCACAUCAUGAGGAGGGGGCCCCAACUCUGGUCCACCUCCACAGAGUCUCAUGCCAACGGCAGCCCACCUCCCUCUCCAGCCUCGGUUCCCAGUCCCAAACAAGAACCCGCCAAACCAAGUUUCCUGGCUCAGUUCCUUCAGAACAGAAAAGAGCAGGUUAAAAAUUUCAUGGCAAAGCGGGUGCUGAUAAUGUAUUUGUUUAACAAGCUUCCAGAAGCCUCUAGUCAGGCUCUCUUCGCUGACAGCCAGGCUCACAUCUGGGCGCUAGAAGCGCUGUCUUACCUUGUGCAAGCCUCCUUCACAGAGGACCAGUUUGGGGUUGUUCAGACUACAUUACCCAGCAUUCUCAGCUCCAUGCUGCACUUACAAGAGGCUGUGGAUCGACACUUCAAGCUGCCCCACGCGUCCAGUAAACCCGUCAGGUCCACCAACAGCAUGGAGGACUUCGCCUUCAAAACGCUGCGCUUUGCUCUCAGAGCCACGCUCAAGACCGCCAUUUACAGGAUAACCACCACCUUCGGGAGUCAUUUAAACGCUGUCCAGAUGUCCGGAGAACACCGAAAAAGACUGCAGCAGUUUUUGGAGUUCAAGGAAUAAGAAGCUGCGCUCGGGUUUCUGCUCCUUGUUGGUGUGAGUUGUGCUUGUUUGAACCAAGAAGAACCCGCUGAAAGCAGAGGAUCGUGCCUCCACUGGCACAAAGGUGUUGUAGAUUGUAUUGGACAUGUUUGAUCCCAGCUCCCACAUGCAGAAGAUGCAAACAGACUACAACCUGCAAAAAAAUGGACUACAAAAAAACCUUUGUACAGUCGGCUCAUUCAGAAAAAAAGUAUUGUUUGUAAAGAAAAAAAAAACAUGAUUGUCUGUUUGGAUUUGUAAAAACCCCGUCUUUGCCAAAGUUCCUUCUGUGCUCGUCUUACAGCAGCAUCUUUUUAUCUGGUAUGAGUGAGAUGGCGUGACCGUUGGCAGAAUCUUGUUAUGAAAUAUGGAUGUUGUGUAGUUUGCGUCUAAAAUCUGUUUUUAGGUUUGUAGUUUCCUUCCAGUCUGCUGCUUCUGAAGUUACACGGCCAGAUCUUUGGGUUUGUGUUGGAUGAGGAUGUCCUUUUUCCUGAUCAAAAGCACAGAUUUGGUGCAGCUUUUUGAGUGUUUGUUUGAUUUUUCCUCUCAGACUUGAAUAAAAUUUAAAACUAAAAUUUA